AUGUGGGGCUGUGUGUGUCCGUCCCGUGCGCGCUCACGCGGCUGCCCCACAGGGAACCUGAGCUCGGAGCUCGGGGCCGCGCAGCGGGUUCUGGAGGACGCGUUCGUGCGUCGCUUCCUGCGCGGGACGUUCCCGGGGGCGCUGCUGGCCCCGCCCGUGCUCCGGCGCCGCGGGCGCGCGCUGCUCGUGAGCGCGCAGGUGUCGCGCGCGCUGCCGCCCGCGCGGCUGCUGUUCCUGCAGGGGUACUCGGAGCUGCUGCUGAGCGCGCUCCACUCCUGCCCCGUGCGCAUCGAGAUCACCACCCUGCGCGCGCCCGCCGUAUACAAGCACCUCUGAGCGCGUGCACGAGAGCACCACGUGACCUCACACGUGACACCCCACGGGGAUCGGACACACCAAUGUACCACUCGUGUUCGUGACUCGAAGAGACCGCGGCAGUCACAUGA